AUGUGCUCUCAGGAGCACCCCUCGCUGGUCAGGGGCACCAUGUGCUCUCAGAAGCACCCCUCGCUGGUCAGGCGCACCACGUGCUCUCAGGAGCACCCCUCACUGGUCAGGAGCACCCCUCGCUGGUCAGGAGCACCCCUCACUGGUCAGGAGCACCAUGUGCUCUCAGGAGCACCCCUCACUGGUCAGGAGCACCCCUCGCUGGUCAGGAGCACCCCUCACUGGACCUUGUGCACUCUGAAGCGGAACACCCUCCCCAGCACGGAGCCCACCUUGUAUGUCCUGAAGCAGAAACACUGCCCAUGGGUGGACACUCCCCACGUCCACGUGGGCAGGACGCGCCCUCCAGCAUUCCACCGUGAUUGCGCCCAGAAACACCUGGUGUCCGGUCGCCUGACGCCUAAAGCGAGACACCUGGGUUCCGCCUGCCCAGAGAAGCGGGCUGGGGGCGUGCUGACCCCACUGCCCGCCUCUGCGCCUCCCCCAGCGGCGUGCGUGGCCAGCACCCACCUGUGCGCUCCGCUCUGCGUCCUCCGCGGGUGUGGCUCCGAACCCUCGAGGCAGCGCCGGCUCUUCAGUCCUGGGGUUCACACGCGGGUCCCCCGCCUGGGCUGCCCCGCAGGCCCGCCGCAGCCUGCAGCCUCACCGUCGACCUUACGGAGCCCACGCCCCGACGGGCCGCACCUGGUUCGAGUCCGAGCCCCGCGGUGGGGGCUGGGAAUGCGCGCCCCGAGGCGGGCCUGGCGCGUGCGGGCGGGCAGGUCUCGCGGGGCUGGGCUUGGCCCCGCCGCUCCGCACACCUGCCCGCCGCCCCUGCCCACCUGCGCUCCCGGCCACCUGGCCACCUGGCCGCAACUCAUUAGGCCGCGCUGUGCGUCCGCGGGCGCCGCAGCCACAGUGCGCCAUGGAGCGGGCCGGGCGCGCGUGCGAGGAGCCGCGGGACGCCGCUCUGUGGCCCGUCCUGGAGAGACAGUAGAACUCCCAGGGCCUUCCGGGGGCGGCCAUGAUGCUGGACGCCAGGAGAAGCUGUUACAGAGACCAGACACCCCAACCCAGGGCGCGGCAGGCAAAGGACGAUCCUCAGAGGCACGCGCAGUUCCUGUGGGGGCUGAUGCUGGUGCAGACUCCCAGCACCCCAAGUCGGGGCCCAGACAAUGCCUCUCACCCGGCAGAGUCACAGCUCUGGACCCAGCUGGACCCCAGUCUCAGGGGGCAGGGCGUGCCCUCCAGGCCAGAGGCUCCAAACCUGGCAAGCAGCCCUUGUCCCCUGCCCCUGGACAGAAGAAGCUGCUGAAAGCGGGGGUGCCGGGUACCACAGUGCCUCCCCAGAGCUCCCCAUCAGGCCCAGCCCACCACCACCCAGUGCCCUGUGGGCUGGGAGGGGGCCCCUGCCACCUGGCCAACCUCCUCAGUACACUGGCCCAGGACAACCCCGACUCGGGCCCGAAGAAGGGGCCCCCAGAGGUGGCCUGCCAGGUUCGCAAGAAGACUCGGACCCUGUACCGCUCAGACCAGCUGGAGGAGCUGGAGCGAGCCUUUGGGGAGGAUCACUACCCGGACAGUGACAAGCGCCAGGAGAUAGCCCAGACCGUGGGGGUGGCCGCCCAGCGUAUCAUGGUAUGGUUCCAGAAUCGUCGUGCCAAGUGGCGGCGGGUGGAGAAGCUGAAUGGGAAGGGGGUCAACGAGACCCCCAAUGCCCCCACCCCUGCAGCUGGGCACAGCAGCGACACAGCAGCUGAGCCCCCACCUGCAGUGUCUGUGGGGACAGGACCUGGAGCCCCCUCCCAGGGAUGCCCUCCUAGUGCUCCUCCAGAGUCCUCCAUGCAUCUGGAGCCUCCCAGGCCCCCAGACCCUGCGCAGGAGGGUGGAGACACACACCAGAGGGCUGUGACGCCCCCACUCUUCAGCCCCCCACCAGUCCGCAGGGCGGAUCCGCCCUUCCCUCUUCGCCCUGUGCACACCCCCCAGCUGAUGCCUCUGCUGCUGGACGGGCCAGGCAGUGACACUGGCCUCAGGGAGGGGCCCUGUGUUUCUUGGACCACAAGCAUCACACCACCACCCUCCUGCCCCUACCUGGAGGAGCUGGACCCACAAGGCCACCAGCGGGGGGCCUUCCCGUUCCCCCCAGCACCACAGCCGCCACUCAGCCAGCCCCCACAGCCCCUGUUCCCGUACCUGCACCCCUUCGCCUCCCCCAGUUCGCUGACACCGCCUGCGCUGGACGAUGCCCUCUUCCCGGGGCCCUACAGCGUCCAUGGGGGCCCUUCCCAAAGCUUCUUUCUGGGGCCCCCAACUGGGCAGGGCCUGCUGCAGCCCCCAGCUGGAAGCACUGGCCAGGUGCCCUGGAGUCAUCCGUACCUGCCUGAGCUACCCUUACCUGGUUCGUUCUGUGCACAGGCUCUGAGCCAACCCUCAGGGGCUGAGGGCUACUUCCCUGAUGACCUCUUCCUAGCUCCCUAUGACCCGGCCAUGGGUGGGCAGCACUCCCUGAACCCUACAGCACUGCCCUCAGGGCCUAGGCCAUCAGGAGCAGAGUCCCAAUUCAACAAGGCUACAGAGGGACCACUGGCCGCCCCUCAGAGCCAGCAGAAUCGCUCCUCCGAGGUCCUCACCUGGUCCAAGCCUGCCUCCUCCAAUUCCACGCAGCAGCCCCAGGGCAGGGAGACAGGACUCAAUGCCUGGCCGCCUAAGCUGCUUCCUGUGGGCCGAGGGCUGCUCAUCCCCAUUGCAGCAUCGGCCCACCUGGACCCUCAUCACCUGCCAGAGGUUUCCGGGGCUGUGAUCCUUCUGGGAGCAGACGGCUUCAUCUUUCUCCUGAGGAUCCGAACCGCUGACCAGAAGCUCAACAUGUAA